CGUAUGUUUAGAACAAGAGAAAGAGAGAGAACAGAAAGAGAGAACGAGAUAGAGAGAGAGAGAGAGAGAGAGAGAGAGAGAGAGAGAGAGAGAGAGAGAGAGAGAGAGAGAGAGAGAGAGAGAGAUAGGGAGAGGAGAUAUAGAGAGGAUAAAGAGAGAGAGAACGAAAGAGAGAGAGAGAGAGAGAGAGAGAGAGAGAGAGAGAGAGAGAGAGAGAGAGAGAGAGAGAGAGAGAGAGAGAGAGAGAGAGAGAGAGAGAGAGAGAGAAGGGGGGGAGGGGGGGGGGGCAAAGAGAAAGAGGCAAUGAGAGAGCGAGAGAGAGUCCCCGCCAGUCCCCUAAUCAACCCCGCUUAGAUUUAGAUGCUCUGAUAAUAA